UUUGAUCAAAAUCAGUUGGUCUUUCUCGGAGGUUGUAGUUUGCAAUCAUGAGUUCAAAUUCAUGGGCUGAUGUCUCUGAAUCGGAGAGGGCACCAUCUGGUGGUUGGGGUUAUUCUCGUCCGUCGCGAACCAACUAUGUUCCUCCACAUCUCAGGAGUCGUACACCAUCUUCGGACUUUGCUGCUCCUUCACCUGGUAAUGAUCGUGGGGGAUAUGAUGGUCCACAUAGUGGUUAUGGUGGUCGAGGCCAAGGUUAUGCUGGUCGAGGAGGUGGUGGCUACGCUGGUAGAGGAGGAUAAUGUACCACCCCCUGUUAAUACAUUUGCAGAGAUAGACCUCGGAGAAGCUCUGAAUCUAAAUAUCCAGAGGUGCAAAUACGUGAAGCCUACCCCUGUGCAGCGUAAUGCAAUUCCCAUUUUGGCUGCUGGAAGGGAUUUGAUGGCUUGUGCUCAGACAGGGUCUGGGAAGACAGCUGCCUUUUGUUUUCCGAUUAUUAGUGGGAUUAUGAAGGAUCAGAAUAUAGAGAGACCACGUGGAGUUCGGGGAGUCUAUCCUCUUGCUGUCAUCCUCUCACCAACAAGGGAGUUGGCUUGCCAGAUACAUGAUGAAGCAAGAAAGUUCUCGUAUCAAACUGGAGUGAAAGUUGUGGUUGCUUACGGAGGAACUCCUGUCAACCAACAGAUUAGGGAGCUUGAAAGAGGGGUUGAUAUUCUUGUUGCAACUCCUGGGAGAUUAAAUGAUUUGCUGGAGAGAGGUAGAGUCUCAUUACAGAUGGUAAGAUUUUUGGCGCUUGAUGAGGCGGACAGAAUGCUGGACAUGGGUUUUGAACCACAAAUCAGGAAGAUCGUUCAGCAGAUGGACAUGCCUCCUCCUGGUGCCCGGCAGACAAUGCUGUUCAGUGCUACAUUUCCUAGGGAAAUACAGAGACUUGCAUCUGAUUUUCUUUCAAACUUCUCGUGCUUCAUUCGGAGGUGGUAAGAACCGGCGGUCUGGUGGACGGUUCGGUGGCCGUGACUUCAGGAGAGAAUCUUUUAGCCGAGGCGGUGGUGGUGCUGACUACUAUGGUGGUGGGGGUGGGUAUGGAGGCGUUCCUGGUGGUGGCUAUGGAGCAAUGCCUGGUGGGUAUGGAACCGUACCAGGUGGUGGAUAUGGAACUGUCCCCGGUGGUUAUGCACCUUAUGGUAGAGGCGGGGGUGCUUACUAUGGGGGAGGAUAUGGAACCGUUCCUAGCCAAGGGUAUGGUCCGGGAGUGGCUAGUGCAUGGGACUAAGCUUUAACUUCAAUUCUUCAAGAACCGAUUAUGUUCUCUCUCUGACUUAUCUCUAUUGUUUAUUAUUAGGGGGCAGCCACCGAUGUGUAUGUUUGCUCUUUAAAAGGUUAUGUAGACACGAAUCGUCUCUUUGUUCACUGUGAAAAAGAAAACUCCUAGUCCACUAUUAUUUUCA